UCAAAACGCAUGCAAGAUCAUUUAUGUCUAAAUAGUUUUGUAAUUAAAAUUCUUUAAAAUAAUCAAUAAUUAAUUUAUCAGAAAUACAAACAAAUAUUAGCUUAAGUAUCUAAGUGUUAAUAAAAAUAAUAUUUAUGUAGGGUAAAAGAGCUCCAGGAGAAUAGAAAUUUUUGACAUACAUUUUUAGACUUAUUCUUAAAAAGGGAGGCCUAAGAAUGCUGAUGGUUACAGGAGAUAUAACCAAAGAUAUGUAGACUUUAGAUGCAAAAGACGAUAUCAAUCUUCAUAGAAAAAGGUAUGGAAAUAUGGAUUAAUGUCUAAAGGAUAUCAAGAAUCCAUUCUAUAUAAUUGAUAGCAUGGUAAUAAAGUUUAAGCCCUAUAAUGAAAUAGUUUCCCUUCAUCAACAAGGUCAUAUUCUAGACGAAGACUUCAAGUAUUAUGAGCAAGUGUAUGCAGAAAACGAGCUGAAGAGAAUUCAAGUUCUUAAGAUAAAUGGAUUAAAUGAAUGUAUAAAUUGUGGUUAAGAAUACAAAAUGAUAGUGAAUUAAGACAGAUCUUGCGAAGCCACCUAAGAUAAGCACUAGCCUAAACAUAAAUAUUGAUUUUUAGUAUAUUUCUAAUUUAAUUUUUAUAACUUAAAUUUGUUAAAAUAUAAGAACUAUUUGUUUGUUUCAUAUUUUUUAGCAGGCAAAAUAAAAUUAUUACUUCCAAAACAUCUUAAUGAUAAUAAAA